CGAGACGCGCACAGCGAAGGGGGUUUCCAACAUUCACAGCCAAACACCAUCCUUCGCUGAACUGAAGCAUGCCAUCACCAUAACCGACGUCUAUUCCAGAGCUGGUUUUCAGCCGCCGCACGCGAGGGCUAGACGAACACCAUGGACAAUUCCACCAACUCCACCAACUCCUCCUCUUCCAACAGCACCUACGAAAACUGGCAAGCCCAGCAGCCGCCGAAGAGCUUCUGGACGAACCUCACCCUUCCCAUCCUCUACCUCACCAUCCUCAUCGGCAGUCUCUACACCUUCUCUACGCUCUACCGCAAACGACAGGUCAACAAAGCCGCGAAACUCGAAAGCUGGUUCCCUCCACAUCAGGCACGCGACGUCUACCUCAGCCUGCUACAUCUCGAUCCGUCAGAAGCGAGCGAAGGCGCGGAUGGAGAGAAGAAGCUAAGCAAAGUGCCGGACUCGGUGUUGAAGGCGGCAUUGAUGCGAAGGGCGCUGGAAGACAUUCAGAGGAUCAUGCAGCUACGGACAUCCAAGCCUGCGCUACAAAACCUGUUGCAGAGAGGAUCGGUGGGCGAUGAACUAUGGCAGCGUCUUCUGCGGGCGGAGAAGGAGAUGGAAGAGGAAGUGAAGGAUGUCGUGAACGAGGCGAAUGCAUUUGCACCGAAUUGGGGGCAGACCAUCUUCCAGUCUGCCAAUGAGAUGCAUCAGAACGAUCUGCUGAGGAAGUCGAUCGCCGACAUCCAAGAAAAACUGGCGGCAGACAAGACAUGGUGGGAGGGCAGACGAGCGGGGAUGCAGGCGGAGUUGCUGCAAGACCUGGAUACGGAUGGCAAGGCUUCCGAGACUGGGCAGAAGAAGACGGGCGGCAGCGACGACGACGCUGUGCUGGUGGAAAGCGGGGGACCAGCACAGGACCAAGGCGGAGCAGGGGCCAAGAAGAACACGAAGGGAAAGAAGGGAGGUGGAGCGUGAGAUGACGAUCUUGUCCUUGGUGCAUGAAUGGAUUGGCGCGGAGGAGUUCCAGCGGCGGCAGCAUUCUGAGGAGAUUGUGGGGUAAGCGAGGGGAAGGAAGGAUUUGAUGAGUAGGGACGGGGAAGGGUUGCAUGGCGCUAUGGGUGAUAGGCAGGUGGCUCGCCCAGACUGCGGAGUCUGGGGGAGUUUCGAUUACAUACUCGCAGGACCAUCAUGGCGCACCAACGUGUCCACGUGUUGAUGUCUGAAGCGGGGCUGCCAGCGAUUCCUCGUGAGAUUGAGUAAUAGGUACGUUUACAGGAAUGCGGGAGGCUGUGUAACACCGGCGCCCGAACGUCCGACACAUGUUUGCAAUGCACACGUCUUAUACAGCGUAUACUCUUGUUUACACGUCUCCCGACACUCGCCCGAAGCGGACAAAGGACGGG